AUGGAUUAUUUAGACAUAGAAAGAGAAAAGGGAAUAACAAUCAAUGCUGCGGUUACUACUUGCUACUGGAAUGGAAGUGAGAAAAAUUUAGGAGAUUAUCGAAUCAACAUUAUUGAUACUCCAGGGCAUGUAGAUUUCACAGCAGAGGUGGAAAAAAGUUUACGGGUUCUUGACGGUGGUGUGGUAGUGUUUGAUAGUAGCGAAGGGGUGGAAUCUCAAUCAGAGACUGUUUGGAAACAAGCCAACAGGUAUAACAUCAGCAGAAUUAUAUUUCUCAAUAAGUUGGACAAAGUAGGAGCCAAUUUCGAGUCUUGCAUAGAAGAAAUAAAAAGAAAGUUGAAUAAAAAGAUCCUGAUUCUGUUUGUCCCCGUUUUUGAGAUGACCAAUUUUGUUAGCACAAUAGAUAUUUUAAGAGAAAAAAUGAUUGUAUACAAAAAUGCACAUGAGUUUGUAUAUGAAAAUAUACCUAAGAGUCAUUAUGAUAUAUUUUUAAGAUAUAAAAAUUUGCUGUUUGAACAGAUAGCUGAAAAGUUUAACUCAUUUUUGGACAACUACUUAAACGAUAAGCCAAUCCAAGUGGAAGAGGUGGAAGAGUACAUUCGGAAAUUAGUCGUGGAGGAAAAAUACAACGUUGUCAUGUGUGGAUCAGCUUUGAAAAACAAGAACGUCCACAUGCUGCUAGACUCGGUCGUAAAGUAUUUGCCUUCCCCAAUUGAUUCUAUUCAGAAUUAUAAAAAUCAGGUUAUAUUCAAGCAUGAUGUUAAUAAGAGGGGGGAGAGGAUAUCACCUAUUCAGCUUCCCACAGUGGGGGUAAAGGAACAGUCCACUCCGAGUACAGGUGUAGGACCUCCUUCUAGUGAGGAAAGCACUCCUGAUAAGGGUACACACCAGCAGGAGGCAACUUCCAAUGUCGCGAAAGCGAAUGAUUACAUGUCGGAAGAACUAAAUCAAGUCAACAUAAAAAAUUUCAAGAGAAAGGUAGUCGCUCUGAUUUACAAAAUUAUGAAUGACCAACAUCUCGGAAAUAUAAAUUACGUCCGCAUUUACGAAGGACAAAUAAAUAGGGGAGAAUAUCUCUACAAUAACAGAACGAAAAGGAGUGAAAAAAUUUCGAAAAUAUUUUUCAUCCAUUCCAGUGAAAAGUACGAAUUGGAAUCUGCUCGAGCAGGGGAUAUCGUCGGUCUGGUUGGAUUGAAGGACACACAAAUUGGUGACACGUUAAGCAGUACUUUCCUGAGGGCAGAAUUAAAAAAAAUUAAAGAAAUUCCGCCCAUUAUCAGCUUUUAUAUUUACAAUAAAAAUAAAAACGAAUACGAAAAGUUAAUUAACGCUUUAAUGAAGAUUAAGAAGGAGGACCACUCCUUUUUUUAUCACAUCAAUCCGGACACAAAAGAUUUGCUAAUCAGUGGAGUGGGGGAACUUCACUUGCAAAUUAUUAUUAACAAAAUUGAGAAGGAUUUUAAUAUCCCCAUCAUUUAUGGACAGCCACAAAUUUCUUACAAGGAAACUUUUGUUGAAAAUGUGGAGGCCAGGGGAAAGUACAUCAAGCAGUCAGGUGGACGGGGACAGUAUGGGGAUGUCCACAUUAAGAUCGAGCCUAUGUACAGCUACGCGGAGGAGGAAGAAGAAGGAGAAGGAGAAAACAGCAACGGGGGGAGCUAUAACGACGAACAGAAUUCCAAAAAGGUGGAAGAUCGACGUGAUGAACAGGACUCACACAGAAACAGCAUGAACAUUGACACUUCGGAAGUGAAUAAUAAUAUUAUUAUAAAGAACGAGAUAACCUGUGGAGCCAUUCCUUCGGCAUACUUCGACGCGAUCUAUACGGGGAUACGGGAGCAGUGCAACUUGGGCGUCCUCUCAAACUCCCCACUGAUAAAUAUUAUCGUGAGGAUCGUGGACGGGUCGUUCCACCCCGUCGACAGCAACGAGCAUGCGUUCAAGUUGGCUGCGGGGAUCGCCAUUCGGGAGGCUGCGCGGAAGACGUCCGUUCGGCUGCUGGAGCCGAUGAUGAACCUCAACGUGUCCGUGCCCACUGAGUACCUGGGAGACGUCAUCAGCGACUUGGUUAAAAAGAGGGGAAAAAUACAGCACAUCGAUGAAAGCGACGAAGAUACCAAGGAAAUAUUUGCGAGAGCACCCAUGGCUUCCAUCCUAUCCUACGUUAGUGACUUGCGGAAAAUAACCAAGGGGCGAGGAAAUUACACCAUGACGCUUCACAAGUACGCCCUGGUGCCGCAGUACAUCCAGGAGCAAAUUUUGCAAAAGAAGAGUGAGGCGGUGAAGUGGUGA